CAAAUGUAUACGAGAUUACUUGCCGCUCAACCAAAAGUAAACUUCUAUACAAAAUUGGUUUCCCAAUAUGUUUUACUAAAACUUAAACGAAAAGGACAGGAAUAUAACAUACUAACGAUUAAAUAGAACAAAGACAACUUAGAUACAGCGAAACAUGCGUUGUAUCUAUAUGAUUACAGUAUAAUAAUCAAGCUAUAACUCAUUCGUUCAAUUUAAAUCAUGGAAACUGUUAAAGAUGUUAUACACAUAAAAAGGGAAUCCCUAAAAGCCCUUGUUUGUAAUAGCUAUUUAGCAAGUGCUUUGAAACCCAUGUUGGAAACACACAUACAUGAGUUGCAUAACGCAUGCAUCGAACUUAUAAGAGAACUUGGAAUGUUACCAUGGGAUCUAUGCGCUAUUUGCAAAUCAGGAAAAAUGUGUUGGCGACAAGAAUUCGUAAAAGGCAAAAUUACAUAUGAAAUAUUGUUAAACAUGCGUGAAUGGUUUUGUCCGAAUCUACUAUACAUACCUGUGUUAGAAAAAUUGCAAGUGCAUCAUAGAAAGUUGAAACCUGUAGAGGUGCCCGAUAGAUACAUGCCAAUGAAAAGACAAACAGAAACGUCACUCGACUUCUUUUUAAUGGUUAAAGAAAAGCGAAAUACAGACGAAAUAAAUGAACAUCGGCGAUUAGAGUUUCGAGUGACAAGUGAGAAAAGCAAAGGUUUAGAAAAUUGGUUUUCAAACUCGAUAGCCAUAUUUAAAUGUUUCCUCCCCGAAAACUGUAAAGAUGUGCGGUCUAUGAACGACAUCCAACCAUGCGGAUUGCUUUCAGGGAUUUUGAAUUGUGAUUUGCUUGACGAAGACUUCUCGUUCAGUCUCUAUGAGAAUAAAAACUUGCUGUCUGAGGUUCAUCGAUUUGCAAAAAAAGCCUUACUUCUAUCAGACAAACCCCGUGGCUACUACAACAAGUGGGAAAGGAAUGCUGUGCCUCUAUUUUUAACAUUACUGCAGGACCCGAAGUGUUUGAAUAAGAAUGUAAAUGCUCAAGAAGUUGUUUUAAAGAUAUUGAAGGUCAUUUAUGAUCAAGUGACAGAUGCAGAAUUUGGUACUGUCCUGGGAACAUCGUCUAUAACUGACUCAGAUGGAAACGAUUUUCCUCAUCAUUUGAAAUGGGGUAAAUAUGGAGAUUGCAGCUUGAUUAAACUCGACAAACCAUGGUCACAGAUGAUCCAAAAUGAGCAACUGUACGUGUCGCUGAUUAACACUAUAGUGACCGAAGAUGUUUGCCUAUAUUGUAAGGCAGACAACGUAUACCUAUUUUUAGAAAAUUCGGUACAGCUGAAAGCUGCAAUCGAUAUGAGUUUUCUUCAGUUAUUUUCAACAGAAGUUGUCUUAGAAAAAGAUAUCGACUUUGUUUUGUUUGGCGGGGCUUGUAAAACAUAUUCUGUGAAAUGCCCACAUACAGAACCAUUUUUUGAAUAUCUCGAAAACAUUCUGAUUAAACCAUCAACGAAGUUUACAAUGAUUUUCGAUGAUAAUCAGCAAAGGAAAAGGAGUUACACUGCAGAUCAAAGAAAACCUACGUAUGUCGUUGAAUUAAAAAACAGCGAAAUAAAAUGUAAAUGUAUGAUCCCAAGAAAGAAGAUUAAAUACGCCGAAGUCGAAGAAUAUUUGCCAAGCGAGCAAAUUACAAUAAAAAUUGUUCCUGGUUCAGAGUCACCAGAUUUGCAAAGGCAAGUCGAUGCAUCAACAGAAGAAGUAGAAAGGAGCAUACACAUGCAAGCCACCGAAGAGAUGCAUGUCAGAAAUGACCUAGCUACUUCAGGAUCAUCUUAUAGGCGAGGACCACAGAUUGGAUCAACAGCUGAUCAGACACUUCCGUCUCCAUUUUUAUCAUCUUUGGUUUCACAAGACAAUAGACCAAGUUUGAAUCGAUCAUUUGACCAAGCAAUGCAGUAUAGAGGGUCAGAAUCCGACCGUUCUAUCAAUAGAUAUUCACAGCCAUCUAGAGCGGUGGGUAUUCAAGAGAGUCACCAUUACAACAUUCAACGUAACGAUAUUGCAGAACAUGAUGAUCGAACUAGUUCGAACCAUCGCCAUCUCACAAGGAAUGAGGACAACACCUUGCAGAACAUACACACAGUAAAGAAGGAGCCAAUAGUAGUCAAGAAGCAGCCUAAAUACCCUGCAUAUGUUGACGAAAAUGAAAGAUUCAGGUCGUUUAGCAGAUGGAGUCAUAUGAUUCCUAGUCCAACGAUGCUUUGUAAAGCAGGAUUCUUUUUCACAAACACUGCUGACUUGGUGAGAUGCUAUCAAUGCGGUAUUGGCCUGAAGGACUUCAGUAGCACGGACGACCCAUUGAAAGAACAUGUUAAACACUCUUCACAGUGCGAACAUUUGCUCCUAUACUUCGAAACUGAGAGUGCUCUUGAAAACUACAAGAAGUCAAUGAGAGAUCUCGAACCCGGCGCAAUCAGACAAAGACAGUUAGCAGAAUUCAGGGAACGAUCGCUACAAGGACCCCCACCGAGGGAGUACAGAAUCAGAAAUGAAGCAUAUAACACACACAAUCUAAGACUGAUAUCAUUUGCGAAAUGGCCAGAACACAUAGCACAAAGACCGCCGAAACUAGCGGAGGCUGGAUUGUAUUAUACGGGCAUAGAUGACCACGUUCGUUGUUUUGCCUGCGACGGAGGACUGAGGCACUGGGAUCCAGAAGACGAUCCCUGGAUAGAACACUGCAGAUGGUUCCCGGCCUGUCCUUUUGCGCGAGAACAGAAAGGAGACGAGUUUAUUGCCCUUGUGCAAGCGUCUGCAGACCAAAAUAUAGAUGAACUUGGUGCCACAGGCGGAAAUUCGACCAACGACAUGGCUGGUAGAGUGAAUAACCUCCAUAUUACUGAUCCCGAUAUUAAACGAUUGAUCGAAGAACAGAGGAAAAUAUGUACUGUAGACAUGGGAUUCAGUAAUGAGAUGUUUUCUUCCGCAGUAAACGAACUAAGACAACAAGGCACUCUGAAACCAAGUGUAGAAGACAUUGUGAUUGCAAUUGAGGUUAUAAACGACCGAAAUCAACAUUCUACGGAGAUCCGGAGUAACGGGAACAAGGACACAAGUGCAGAGGAAUUACUUGAGGAAAAUAAAAGGUUGAAACACAUGCUAACCUGUUUCAUAUGCCAGAACAACCCGGUCAACGCUUUGUUUUUACCUUGUACACAUCAUCGAUUGUGCAUUGAUUGUUCUUAUGACCUGAAAGAGUGCCCUGUUUGCUUGAGGCCAAUUAAGGAGAAAAUCAAAACAUUCAUGGGAUAGGGUUGAAAUUGUUCAAUACUUAGAAUAUAAAAAGGUGUACAAAUAAAGUAAAUUUAUUUAAUCGUUUCAAAUAUCGGCCGAUAUUUAAGCAUGUCGUAUGAAUACAACGUUUAUCGAUAGCACAUGGUUGCUGUAGACGGAUAUUUAUUAUUUAUUCGUUACACUUGAUUUAUGCUGUGUAAAGCAAAGUUGUAUGCACAUAACGAUUAGUAUUUGCGGAAAUAAUUUCCAUAGCAGUAUUUUUCAUAAAGUUUCCACAUGAUCAUUUUUUUUAUAUUUUUAUGUUUUCUUUACAUUUUAAUAUUCUAAAUUAAUUUAAUAGAUUAAUCAAUAAAACAUAUUAAUCUGGAAAAAAAUAUGUUAUCAAAUAAAUAAUGUUUUUCGGGUGAAAAAAUAAUAUUGUUAUCUCCUAAUCAAAUAAAAGUAACCAUGCGAUUGUGUUAACUAAAGGUUGCCUUUUUUGCGUAGAAUAUACCUUAGUACUUUGUAAUUUCAUCAGUCUAAGCAGUUAUUUUUGGCAGUGACUACCACCGUUGAGUGCAUUACCAAUAAUAUCAAACAACUAAAAUAACACUCCGAUGUACACUUGUCAAUUUGAAGUUCAACUAAUUCUGAGUAUUUAUAAUGAUGUUCUUUAAAAAAUGUGCCAACCACCAACACCAUGGACCCUGAAUCACAAAUGACCUAUUGAAAAGUGUAGAUAUUUUAGAAUUGAACGACUCCAGCAUGUAUGUAUUUUGUAAUAUGUUCAUCAAAUUGGCGAUGAAUUUCAUUAUUUGUUUCUUCAUAGUUUACAGGCGCUGCAUGUUUUGUGCAUACAUUUAAGGCAUUAUUUUCAACUUAAAAGAUAAAAAAUACUUUUACAAAACAAAAUAUAUUUUUGUGAAAAACUGCAUUUAUUCCAGUUUUAUAAAUUCGUCAACCUUUAUCUACCUUGACCUACCUUUUUAUAUAUUUUCUGAUUUUUCAUAAUUAAAAUACAAUUAUGUUUUAUAUGUAUGGGUGAGAAAUUAUUAUUAUAACUGUCUUGGAAACACCAUCUGAGACAUGUUUAAAAAUGAUACAAAACAAAAUGUACAAAUUCUUAUGGAAUGGAAAACCCGAUAAAAUAUCAAGAAAUCAAAUAAUUCCAUAAUAUGAAAAUGGUGGUUUAAAAAUGCUCAAUAUAUCUGUUUUUGUCAAAGCAAUUAAAGCAAGCUGGGUAAAAAGAAUUGUUUUAAACAAACAAUCUAUAUGGGUUAAAUUAUAUAUGCAAAUGACCAAACAGUUUGGAGAAGAUCUAAUUUUUAAAAGUUGUAUGGAUCCGAAAAGCACUCAAAAUCUUAAAUUAAAAUCUGUUUUUCUCACAGAAGUCAUACAAUCAUGGGCAUCGUUUACAUAUAAGACGGAUACUGCGAUCGUAGCAAAAGAAAUUAUAUGGAACAACAGCAAAAUAAAACUCCCUAAUAAUAAAACAUUUUUUUACAAAGAAUGGCAUAAUAGGGGUCUAAAAUAUGUCGAACAUUUGUAUGACUACAGAAAAAAAACUUUUUAUGACUUUAACGACUUAUCGAGACUAUACGAUCUUGGUACACACGAUUUUUUGAAAUACCAUGCUUUAAUCAGCAGUAUUCCUGAUGACUGGAAAUUCCGGUUGAAAAAUGAAGGCAUAUCAUAUAACACACCAACUUACUUUGUAGAUAAAAUGAAGGAAAAUACAAAAAUUAGUAAACUAGUCUACAAGAAUCUUAUUAUACAACUUAAACCUGAAAAUAGAACUCGAGAAGAAAACUGGGAAUCUCAAUUUGAUCUUAACUCUAUACAAUGGAAAAAUGUGUACACACAGGCGCUCAAACUUACAAAAGAUACGAAACUUCGGGAAUUCCAAUAUAAAUACAUAAUGAAUAUCCUUCCAAACAAUGCUAAGCUUUACACGUACAAUAUUGUUGCAUCAAGGUUAUGUGAUUUUUGUGUAAUGAACAUCGACUCAAACAUCCAUAUGUUUUGGGAAUGUCAUAUUUCGCAGACGUUUUGGGGUGAAUUUAGAACAUUCAUAACAAACUCUUUCAAUGAAGUGAGCUUUAGAGAACUAUCAUAUAAAACCAUUAGCUUUUGUGAUUUAAUGCCAAACAAUGAAAAAUUUGGUUAUCAAGUAAAUUUUAUGAUACUUCUAGGAAAAUAUUUCAUUUUUAAAUCAAAAUGUGAAGGAAAAAUACCAACAUGUGCCAUGUUUGUCCAAUAUCUCAAUAAACGACUAAAAAUAGAGAAAACAAUAGCAACAAUGAAGAAUAAAAUCAACACCUAUAAUAGACGAUGGCAACAAUUAGAACACUUAUUAUCUUAGUAAAACAGCUCCAGUAUAUAGUAGUAUUGUAAAAGCGCAUUUGAAUGAAAUAUCCACCAAAGAACUGUACUUUAUAAGAUCCAUUCUUUUAAAGCAAGUAGGUUUUUUAGAGUUAGUAGGUGUUUUUUUCAUUUUUAAAUUUAACAUUUAUAUUAGGAACACUAUUACGAAACAUCAAAUACACACCACCUCUCCCAUUUUUUUUAUUUUUUUUUUGUCUACCUUUUUUAUUUGAAAACAAGUCCCAAACGCUAAUAGGAAUUUUCAAACAAAGAGUUAGAUCAAUAUUUAUUUGUUCACAUUGAUAUUAUUUAGUAUAACGGUUUGUAUUAAAUGGUAUGCAUAUAUAAUUAUGUCAUUUAUAAAUGUUUGUAUGAAUGAACAUUUGGGCAAUAAAAAAACAGAAACCGAGAAAUUAUUUGCAAAACUCAGCAGACUAUAUGUGUCACAAACUCUAGUACUAUGUUUGUGUGGGAUGCCAUAUCAGUAAUAUUAUUUUGGUUUACCUUUUGUAAAUUUUUAAUGAGUAAGGGUCACAAUUUGGUAUGCUAAGGUUAACUUAUUUAGUAAUUCAUGUUAAAUGUUUAGCUAUGUCAUAUGGCUACAUUUUAAUGACGUUUUCGCACUUUUUAAGAGCUAUCAUCGUUUCUCCGGCUUGAUUUAUGUGUUUGCAGGUGAUGUUUGAAUCGAUCGUUGAGAACAUGAAAUUAGUUUGUCAUCAUAAACAUGUUAUUUAUCAUUUCAUUCUUCACUGUUGCCCAGUUUAAGAUGGUCAUUUGAUGAGGUUUAUAUUUUGAAUUUUGUAACUUUUGAAAGAUGUAUGGAAGAUGUGAGGUUAUGGCAAUGCAUACUGGUAUAAGACCCAGUAGACUUGAAUUCCAGUGAACGCAUGUUUCAAUGACCGUUUCAAGGAGGUAGUCAUCAUUUAUCGGUAAUUUAUUUUGGAUAAGAUGUCUGGACUGUCUGUGGUGUUUGUAUUUUUGUGUUUAUGGUGUUUAUACGUUUUUGUCUCUAGCUCAUUGUCGCCAUGUGCCUCUUAAUAAUUGAAUUGUGAUAUAUGACUACUGAGUAAUUACCGCGUAGAAUUCAUAGUUUUUAUUGUAUUAUUAAAGUUAUUAUUUUUGUUUAAAUGUACUAUGAGUGAUUUACAGAGUAUAUCACAAUAUUUUCCUUGACUUUAGAUUGCAAAAUAGUAAUAAAAUACAUUAUUCUGGAAUUAGAUUAUGUGAAAGCUCUACUUGGCAGUGUGCUGUUUCUUUGUAUCCUUGUUGCAAAUUCCAUACGCUUGUUGUUUUUGUUACUUUGUAUUGUUUUAUGUUUACAAUUUUACUCAAUUAGGGGUCGUUAGAAACAUAAUAGCGGCUUGAAGCACAGCGUUAUUACUAUGGGUGUUUUAUACAGCUAUACUAAUUGGUCACCUGACAUAUUUCUGACAUAAAAACUGCGAAAACAGUGUAAGAAUUCAGGAUACUUUAGCAAUGCCUCAUGCAACGUUCUGCUGUUUUAUAAUGGUAUUUUUUAACUCUUAGCAUAAUUUGCAGGUUUAACCCCGAAGCUAAAGGCUGCUAAGAGCAUAUUUACAUAUGAAUUAACCUAUCAUGUGUUACCAGUCCGUAUUAAAAAACGUCGGCACUUGCUGUAGCCGGUAAGGAUUGAUUUCUUUCAAUUAGAUCGGAAACUUAUUAUCGAUCAGUUUAUAUGCAUAUCUUAAAUUAUCCGUUCGUGUUUAUAUUGACUUAAAAAUCGUUUUUUUAUUGACAUCAUUCGUGCCUGUGACGUUGUUUACUGUUUUUCAUUAAUGUAAAAAUUGACUCAAACUGUAUUUUUUUUCACCAGUCGUGCAUGUAAAGUUGUUUACUGUUUUCCAUUCAUGUAAAAAUUAACUUAAAACGUAUUUCCUUCUUUACACCAAUCGUGUAUGUGAAGUUGUUUACUGACGCCAUAGCGCGUAGUUACUAUAAAUCAGUAUGGACGUAAACUAUUAAUCUUAAGAUCAAUUAACAUUUUGUAUUGAUGUAAAGAUUGCCAGACGCAAUAUACACCUGAACACAUGAAAAAACAUAAGUCGUGUACUAUUCAUGCCUGCAUUGAUAAUGUUCAUAUUUUUCAGUUUAUAUUUAGGAAUUCAACGUAUUGUUUAAAUGUUGUAAAUAUAGAAAAGGAAGAAAAUCGUCCGAUUGGUGACAUCAAUUUCUUAACAUUAUGCAAUGUUUAAAAAAAUAAAUAUAUAUAACCUU